AUGAAACCAAAAAUUUUAGAACCUCUCGCAUCAGGCUCUAGAAUCGUUAAAGCAAAUAUAUCUUUAUCAGGGCUAUCCUGCAUGAGUUGUGUCCAGUCUAUUGAAAAUGCAUUACGAAGGCUUCAAGGUGUAAUAGUACCUUCGAUACAUGUUUAUCUGUCUACAAACAACGCCAUUCUUGAAUUUGAUGAAUCAAUGACCAAUAUAGAAAAAAUUAAAAAAGUCAUACAAGAUCUUGGCUAUCAUAUUGAAGACAUAGUUACAGAAGAGUCGUAUGUUAAAAUUGUCAACACUAAUAAUGACACAAAUAAUAAAAACAAGAAUAUUGUUGUAGACAUAACAGAAAAACCAUCUUCCACAAUUCAGGGAAAUGAAACAACAACUGUACUUACAAUAGGUGGAAUGUCAUGUGCUUCCUGCAUAAAAACUAUUCAAUCAGCUGUUGAAUUAGUUCCUGGAGUAGUAUCCAUAAAUAUUAAUUUGCUUACCACUCAGGCCACUAUAAAGCACGAUCCAAAUCGGAUUGGCCCACGUGAUCUUAUAACUAAAAUCGAAGAACUUGGUUACGAACCUCAAUUGUAUAUAAAGGGUCCUAAUAAAAAUGGUAACUCUAUGCGCCAAAAUGCCGAGAAAGAACAGAGAAAGAUUAUGAAAAGAUUUCUCAUUUCUUUAAUUUUUGCUAUUCCAACAUUCUUCAUAACUAUGAUCUUCAUGAUGGCAUUACCAGAAACAAAUUCCGUUCGUAUGGCUUUUGAAUAUCAAAUUAUUCCUGGUUUAGAAGUUAAUACUUUAAUACUAUUUAUCUUCGCCACACCUGUCCAAUUCAUUCUCGGUUAUCCAUUCUACGUAAAAGGAAUUCGUUCAAUUUGGUAUUCUCACCAAGCAAAUAUGGAUACUUUAGUGGCUGUUGGCACAACUGUUACUUAUAUCGGAUCAUUGCUUAAUGUAUCAAUACCAAUUGCACGAAGGAGAAGUGAGCCAGGUCAACAAUUUUUUGAAACUAGCAUAUUUCUUAUUACAUUUAUUUAUCUUGGAAGAUGGUUGGAAGCAAGAGCAAAGGGUAAAACUUUCGAAACUAUUACAAAGUUGAUGGAGUUACAGCCAGAAAGUGCAACUCUCUUAACAAUCACUCUUGAUAAGAACAACCACGAAGUUGUUGAAGAGCGUGAAAUCAGUUUGGAACUUGUUCAAGUUGGUGAUAUUCUUAAAGUUAAUACUGGUGCACGGAUUCCAUGUGAUGGGAAAAUAUUUCGUGGUGCAACAUCCUUGGACGAAUCCAUGCUCACGGGCGAAUCAAUCCCUGUGACGAAACACGAAGAUGAUGACGUAAUAGCUGCAACAAUCAACCUAUCUUCUUCAAUUUGGAUAAAAGCUACACGUGUUGGUUCUGAUACUACUAUUUCGCGUAUUAUCGAUCUUGUUCAACAAGCUCAAUCAAGUAAAAAGGCACCAAUUGAAUCUUUGGCUGACAAAAUAGCUCAAGUAUUUGUCCCUGUAGUAAUAUCAAUUGCUAUUCUCGAUUUCAUUUUGUGGUUUUCUCUUAUUGCUACGGGCAAAAUACCAACCAGUUGGAUACCCGAAGGUGAAAACCCUGUAAUUUUUUCUCUUUUCUUUGCCAUAUCUAUUAUGGUAAUUGCUUGUCCUUGCGCUAUGGGUUUGGCUUCCCCUACUGCCAUUAUGGUUGGUACUGGUGUGGCUGCCAAUCUUGGUAUCCUAAUUAAAGGAGGUGGCGAAGCUAUCGAAAAGGCUUUCCGAUUGAAUACUAUUGCUUUUGAUAAAACUGGUACUUUGACUUACGGAAAACCUCAAGUUGUUGGCACCAACAUUUUAUGUGAAAAACAAAACUUUGGUCUUGAAAAUGGUGAUUCUCGAAACGACUUACUAUUAUUGAAAAUAAUUAACCUCAUAGAAAAUGCAAGUGAUCAUCCUUUAUCAAAAGCCUUAACCCAAUAUGUUAACGAAACUUUAUCAAAUGAGGAUUCGAUAACUAGUCAUAUAACUUUGGACUCUGUUAAGGAAGUUAUUGGUAGAGGUCUUAAAACUCAAAUAACCAUUCACAGUACUGUACCUUUAACCUAUAAUGUCUUUAUUGGUAAUGAGGAAUGGUUAAAAGAGAAUGGUUGUAUUUAUCCACCUUAUGCCACUCAAGAACAAGCAAACAAACUACUAUUAGAAUGGAAAAAAUUGGGUUAUUCAAUUGUUCUCGUUGGUCUCUCACUCAAUGUUUCUGAUGAAAGUCAAAAAGAAGCUGUAGAUCCAGGUUAUAUUUUAGCUCAAUUUGGUAUAGCGGAUACACCAAGACCUGAUGCUGAGAAAACUGUCAAAUUAUUAAAAUCUCUUGGAAUUCAAGUUUGGAUGAUUACUGGUGAUAAUAGCAUAACAGCAAAAGCUAUAGCCUCAAAACUUGGAAUUGAAAAUAUUUUUUCCGAAGUUACACCUGAAUUAAAAGCUGAAAAAGUCAAAUGGUUGCAAAAUCAUGGUCGUACCAUUUCACAUCAUAAUAAAUACUUUAAUUUUCUUUCAUCAAUUCAAGCUAUGUUUCAAAAAAGUUCUUACAAUAAUCAAAAUGAAAUUUCAUACGAUAUUGAAGCAGUAAUAUCACAGCCAGCAAUUGUUGCAAUGGUAGGUGAUGGGAUUAAUGAUUCACCAGCAUUGGCACAAUCAGAUUUACCAAUUUCUAUAGCAAAUGCUACGGACGUGGCGAUUGAAUCAUCAGCUGUAAUACUUACAAGAUCAACAUUAACUUCUUUAACUACAUUAAUAUUGUUAUCAAGGACAAUUAUUUGGAGAAUUAGAUUAAAUUUUUUAUGGGCAUAUAUAUAUAAUUCUUUAGCUAUACCAAUUGCAGCAGGAGUUUUGUUCCCAGCAACUAGAUUUGGAUUGAGACCAGAAUUGGCAAGCUUGGCAAUGUAG